AAAUUCUAACGCAAUGGGAUGGUCGAUAUGGUGCAGAGGCAAUGAUUGCAAAGCCAAAUUUUCAUAGUCGCAGCAUAUUCGCGGAAAAUCUCAUCGCAGUGGAAUUGCGUAAUCUCGAGGUGAAAUUCAACAAGCCUAUAUAUGUUGGAAUGUCGAUUUUGGACAUUUCAAAGACAUGCUUGUAUGAAUUUCAUCAUGAUUUUAUGGUUCCAUUAUAUCAUGACAAGUGUAAAGUUUUGUAUACAGACACUGAUAGUCUUAUAUAUCACAUUCACUGUGAAGAUGUAUAUGAGGAUAUGAAGCGAAAUAUUGAAAAAUUUGACUCGAGCGACUAUCCAAGUGAUAAUGUAUAUGAAAUCCCGUUGGUCAAUAAAAAGGUCCCAGGUCUCAUGAAAGAUGAGAACAAUGGGGCUAUUAUGACUGAAUUCGUGGGCCUUAGAUCUAAAAUGUAUGCAACACGCGUGGAGGGUAAAAAAGAAACGAAAAAGGUGAAGGGAGUGAAGAGUAAUGUUGUCGCUAGAACAAUAACCUUUGACGAUUAUAUGAAAUGCUUAGAGCAUGAUAUUGAAAUAACUCGUAGUCAGUCUUGUAUAAGAUCAUUUUUACAUCAGGUAUAUACAAUUUCAGAGACAAAAACUGCUCUGAGUCCUCACGACGAUAAACGAUAUAUCAUUCCAGGAAGUGUACAAACUCUACCAUGGGGACAUUAUCGAGUGCCAUUGUAAAUAAUAGCUUAAGGAAAGUCAUGAAAGCGAGAGAGUGAGAGAGAGAGAGCGAGAGUGUAGUGAUAUCUAAUGUACAUUUCCUGUAUAUUUUUCACACAUAAUAAAA